CACACACACACACACACUCCCUGUGAUGCCAGCCCCUCCAUGACUGGACGGCAUGUCUGUUGAAGCGGUAUAAUCUAAAACCAAACCGGGUUAUUAUGGGGCAGACGAUGUGUUGACGGAGAUGCGACGGUGCAUGAAAAAGACAGUUGGCGGGAUGGUGAAGAAUGAUCGGCGAUAGAGAGAAAUCUGAGUCGACAUAAUCCAUCUGGACACCGGGGGGGAAGAUGAGGACCAUGAUGGCUCCGAUCAAAACGGCAUUAUUCGUGUUUCUACACUGGGUGCUCCAGUGCGCUUUGUGUCGCGACGUAAGUCUUCCCAUUGGAACUCUCUACCGUGUGGCAGGGUUCCCCCUCUCCCUGCCCUGUGCUGUGUCAGGGUACGACGGGCCGCGUACGCAGGACUUUGAGUGGUUCCUGUACAGGGAUGACUCCGCUGGGAGGCAGAUGGGAGUGAUCUCCACCAGGGACAAGGGCUUCCCUUACGCCCCCUUCCAGGGCAGAGUGAGGAACGGAGAGGUGAGGGUGGAGAGGGACUCGGGGGACAAAGUCCGGCUGGUGAUCCAGAGGCUCCGGGCCGAAGACCAGGGGAAGUACGAGUGCUACACACCCAGCACAGACAACGUCUACCAGGGGAGCUACAGCGCCACAGUGCCUGUCAAAGUGAUCCCUGACACACUCCAGAUCAGCUAUUCCCGCGUACUCACCGGCCAGCCCGUGCCAGAGGGGGCCGAAUUAACGCUGACAUGCUCCGCCGGCAUCCAAUCGGAGCAGCUCACCCAUCUGUCCAUCACGUUCGGGAAGCGCAGCGGCAAAGAGGGUUCGCCGAGCGCAGCAGAAGGGGAGGUCAGCACCGUUAGAGAGAUUAUCUCCAUCGACAAGCUGCUGGGGGUCGUCCCUGGACAUUUGUACAAGAAGCGGUAUGAUGACGGAGAGAUCACGCUGGAGAAGAGGAACGGGGAGGCGGGACAGGAUGUGUACGUGAUGAAGAUGAGAGCCGUGCAGCCGGAUGACACUGGCUCAUAUUUCUGUGAGGCCUCGCAGUGGAUUCUGGAUCCUGAUCGAACGUGGCAGAAGAUUGCACAAAGGAUGCUGGAUAUCGGCAACUUAACCGUUCAGCAACUAGCGGAGUCUCUGAGUAUAACAUCCUCGCCCAAAGGGGAGGUGACCCUGCAGGUGGGUUCCCCUCUCAUCCUGACCUGUGAGGUGUUGGGGCUGCCGUCUGAUGUGAACUCAGGCCUGCUGGUUCAGUGGAUGAAGAGAGGAUCAGUAAGCAGCGACGUCGCCGGGAGCGGAGGAGUCGAGGUGGAGGUGGCCCAGAUGAGCCCAGACGGUGUUGUGAGCUGGGGCGACGACGUCAGCAGAUCCAGCGGGGGCUCCAUGGAGAAAGUGGCGGAGAGGAAGUUCUCUCUCAAGUUGUUCUCGGCUCAGCCCUUGGACUCGGGCGUGUAUCGGUGUGUGGUGAGUGUGUACGCUGGAAGAAGAAACCCGGGUCCCUCUGCUGCUGCAACACUCACCCAGAGGUCUGAGGGAGUCACCGUGAACCUCAAGAGCAAAGAUGUGCUGGUUGCAGCUGCAGCUCACCUCCCUCGAGGCCCGCUGUUAAAAAGAGGCAGCACCAUCACCCUGAUCUGCAACGCCACCGUGACCACCACAGGCCCCGCCCAGGCGCAGGUGCAGUGGCUGCGGUGGCCAAUCCCCGAACGACUUGCCAAGACGAGGCCGGGCCCAUCUGACGUGACUCCAGCGGACCCCUCUGUGAAGGAGACGCCCAAAGUAGUCGCCGCUCUCAUGUACGACGGUGUUGCGGAGAUCUACACCAACGGCAGCGAGGUUAGCAUCGACCGCCUGUCGUCCGGCAGCUACAGACUGAGGGUCCACGCAGCUACGAUGGAGGAUCAGGGCAUGUACGCCUGUCAUGCCCAGGCGUGGGGCCAGGACCCGCAUGGAGGCUGGUACAACACGGGGGCUAAAGCAGAGUCGAAUGCAGUGACUGUGUACCUGUACGCCAGAGCUGAAGACCUCCUGCUCAUCCCUUUGGUUGUCGGCGUCUCCUCCGCCUUGUUCGUGGGCAUCGUCAUCAUCGCAACAGUAACCUGUUGCUUCAUGAAGCGUCUGCAGAGGCAGCGCGCUCAAAAAUAGCUGUCUGCUGUCGCUGACUGUGUGAAGUGAGACUGUUCGCAGAGAGGCACGAAGAGGUGAUGCACAGAACAGAACGGAUGAAAUGGCCGAGAAUUAACUUGAAGUGAAAAAUGUCUGUCGCCCUGUUAGAUGAUUUUCUGUGUUUUGACCAACCUGUUUAACAAUCAAUGCCAAAAGAUUCUGUUUUAUAUUCUCAUGUAUUUUUAUAUCCAAACUUCUGAAAACAACAUAUUUUAGUGAUCGCUACAUCACGCACCAGAAGGCGUAAUAAUCUAGACCCAUCCAAUUAACGAGCCUAAGAUUCUUCGGAACAAACUCCGCGUUAGACGCUUUUUAAUGAUCCCUUUGUCCCAGCUUAUCAUUCUCUUUCAAAAAGAAAAGGGUUUAAAAUACAAAAUAUAGACGUUUUUUGUGACAAGGUCAAAAGUAAAGAAGGAACUGCAGGUUUGUUUUGAGUCUCUCAGAUGUGAAGAGUCUCGUAAAUUCUGUAAAAGUAUUGUUUCUGCAGUUGAGUUGAGCAAACUUCCCUGUCAGAAGUCAUAGUUUGUUACAUUAUAAAAGGUAUAAAGUGGCUGCGAGCCUCUCAAAUGUUUUAUAUGAUGCUGGAUAUGUCGUCUAAUGGUUCUAUUUUCACACAAAGAUUAUUCUGUGUUUUCACAAAUCGUCGUUCCAGUUGUUCCUUCCCCUCAAGCUGCAUGUUUUUCUUUAAUUCCAAAAAAAAAAAAUGUCUAAAUGUCUGUGCAUGGUUAAGCCUCUAAGCACUGCCACUGACAGUCACAUGAAUGCUGAUGGGAGCAGUUCAGUCUCCAGAAACUUAAUAUGAGCAGGGACCUUCCACUGCCUGCAGCCCAGCACCACUCUGCAUGUAAACAGUCUCUUGUCUGUUACUUAAUAAGGAAGAUGCUGGCUGGUGGCUUUCUGAUGCCAAGACCAAUUGAGUACCAAUUCUAAACACAAGCAUUCCUUGCCUGUGACGCUUCACGCUUAAGUGAGUUUUCUAUACGGACUUGUAUAGAUUUGACAAAGAGAAAUGGAAGAGAUAUCCAUAAUGCACUGAGCUAAAAUAUGUAAAUAUUGUACGGAGUUUAGCUGUUUUAUUUUUCUUAAUGUAAGUAAGAGUUUGCUGUCUUUGGCAAAGCACCUGUGUUUAACAUUCUGCAGCCGUCUAUUCUGCUCUUUUCAAGCACUUGGACACAAACGGGACUGGGACCAAAGCCCCUCGGUAUCCUUCUUUUACUUGAUUUUCUUCCAGCUGAAAAGUCACUUCUUUGCUGUACUCGAGCUAAUACUUUUUGAGUGUUUUUCUUCUUCUUUUGUGCGAUUUAUGGUUUCCUUUGCUCUUGUGACUGAGACAUAAAAAAUACCUAACUGUGAAAAAGAAUCCCCUGUUUGUGAUGCCGAGUAAGAGAAGAACUGUUGUGUUGUUUCACACUGUUUAGGUUGCUUGUCCCCGAGGUGAAAACCUCCUCGCAGCGCAGUCAUAUGACCUGAUAGUCUCACUAUCACAGUCAUCAUGUGGUUCAGGCCACACAUUUCUGCAGCCAAGACUUAUUAUGACUCCAGCCCCCGCUGCUAGCCCACAGAAAUCUGUUGGACAGAUUUACUGUGUCUGCGCACUUAUAACGAGUGAAAUCCAUCCUCCUCUUCCUGUCCAAAGUAACACUUAAGAAAAGUUUGGUCAUGCUAGCUCGCCUGCAUCUUGUGAUCACUUAAAGUUAGAUACAUGUUCUUAGAAAGGAGGAAGAAAGUAAAGAUUUGUUGUUCCCCAGCCUGUGGCUCUCUCCUGAAAUUAUUCAUUUUUCCUGCUUUUCUAAAUUUGUUUGCACUGAGCUAUACUUUACUGUCUCAGCCUGUCUUUACUGUCUGUCUCUCUCCGGGUGGGUUCUCCAUGUGAGAGUCCCUCCAAAUCUGCCUGUCCUCCCAAACCUGCGCGCUCUAAACCCUCCGAUUAUAAAUGUCGUUCACGAACAUUAGGGAAUAAAAUCACAGCUCUGCUUGCUUCCUGAGCCACUUUGUUCCAGAUCAACUACUCAAAGCUGAUUUGUUCCCCCACAUACGUACACACCACAUGAUCACACAUACACAUGCACACACACAUACACAUGCACACACAGCACAGCAGCAGCAGCAGCAGCACAGUGGUGGAAGGCUGGUAUUUCAGAUGAAAGUAAGUGAGUAUCUGCGUGUUCAUCUCUAAUCCCUGUUUAUGGCUGCAGUUUGUGUCCUGCUGCCCUUCCCCCUCUCUCUAUCAGUGUGGCUCAAUUCAUUUCAAUCUCUGUUCCCGAAGAAAAACAGCCAGCUGUAAAAUUGUGGCACAUAGCGUGCAAAGUGUGAAAGCUGCUGCCUAGGUUGUGCUUUUGUUUGUGGAUAUAUAAAACCUUUUUUUUUUCACAAUGGUGUCAUGUUUCGUUCGGACUGUUUACUCAUGCUUUAAUACCACUGUUCCUCAAUGCAUCUUGCUGCCAUCAAAAUAUAUAAAGGCGGGUUAUUGCUCAGUUUGUUUCUUAUGGUGCUUUGGCGAACCUGCCACUUGAUAAACCAAUAAACCACUCUGGAUUUAUUGUG